UACUGAUUUGUUUCCCUUUCCCUUUAUCGGAACAAGUCACGUUUUUUUGUGUUUUUUAUUGGAGAAGACAAAAAACUCAAGUAAGAAAUUUCUUAUUAAAAUUUAGCUUUAAUAAUAAAGGUUUUUGCAUUAGUAAAGUAAAUUCUUUAUAUUUCUAAAAAGAUAAAAAUGUUAGGCUACGCCCGUGUGCCGCAAUCUUAAUUUGUAGUGCCCGUGGUUUUUUGGGGCUUAUCAUUCUGACUGUGGUGUUUGUUAUCAAUAGAUAAAAACCUCUCCAGACCGAGCCAUUGGCCCGGCUAUCAUGCCUAAUUGCCGAAAUCACUAGCCCCCCAACCAGAAAUCGCCGCCACGAGAGACCCCAAGCAAUUUGCUUGACGCCAUUCCAUUCUUUAUUGACGCGGCCAAUUAAGAAGGCAGCGUUGUUGAUUUGAUUGCAAGGCGAAUACGAAUGCGACUGUCAUGCCUCAAUAAGCUAUAAAUAAGGCUGGAUCCCGAAAAGUUGCCAGAUGUGGAGAGCGGCUUCCAAACGAGAGGAACUCCAAACUGGAAAAACUUUUCUAAUCUCGGCCCCCGUUACAGAUUCUAUUGCACAAGAAGCUUAUCAGAGAAACGAAAACGGAAAAACUGGACGCACGAGAAAAAACAACAUCGACGAACGGCAACAGUCUGGCAACGAAGCGUAUACGUAAUGCCAAGCAAAGUUCCAUUCAUUUAACGCGCUCGUUUCAGUUCUCGGGCAGGUGUCAAGCGACAUACACACGAAAAGCCGACGCGGUCACAAUUCCGUUCCAGAAUAUCAUAUACGAAUGCUAUAUAUGCUCGCUCGAUUGGCUAAUUAGCAUACGCGCUGCGCCCCCCGUCUCUUUACCUGAACCUGAGCUGUCUGGAAUAAACUCAUCCACAAUUCUUUUGGGGAAGCGAGUACAAAGUCACAAAACAAAUUUUGAAACAUAUACUUCGCAUAUACAAGUGCUUGCAAAAACCGAUCGUCAUGUUGGAUCCCAUUUCGGACACACCACUGGUCUUGGCCUACGUCUUUAUGUCGCUGCUGGUGCUGAUUCUGUGCUUCAUACUGGUCAAUGUGGUCCACAAGCUGUAUCGCAGUCUCAACAGCGAGCUAUCAACGGUUCCGAUCUCCACCGCACAGCCGCUGAAGACCUCUAUCAUGGAGCUAGACGCCAUGAAAACCGGUUAGGAUGGGUGCAGCAGCAGUAGCGGCAGCGGCAGAGCUCGGUGGAUUGCCGAUGAGAGAAUCUCAGUCCGACGUCGGAGCUCCGGUUUUAAUUCGGGCGAUCGGAGCACGAGCCACCAGGCGGCAGCUGCCAAGCCACCCACUCGCACCAACCACAAAAUCUAGACGCCCGUAUUGUUAUACAUUAUCAUUAAAGCAAUUAGACGUUAAUUCACGAAACUAGGCUUACGAGUAGAAAUUAACUAUAAUAUAUAAUUAACGCUGGUCCUCUAGUCAAUUAAUCGUUCGUUUUUUCGCCCUAAGGUUAGGUUACAUGUACAUUGAUAUUGUAAAUAAAGAAACCUGAACGAUAA